AUGAGUGGUUGCACGCCAGAGCAGCAAGUCCCAUACAUUUCCGGAUUGCUACAAGAUGGAGCUCUGUUAUGGUGGGACCGUAAGGUUCGAGAGUUGGACGAGGCUGUAGCUUAUGCGAUGUCAUGGAGCGAGCUGAAAGAGAUAAUGCGAAAGGAGUAUUGUUCUCAGAAGGAUAUCCAAGGGUUAGAAUUAGAGUUCAGGGAGCUACAGAAGGAAGGUCCAGACGUGGUGAAGCACGUGAAAAGGCUUUACGAUUUGUCGCGAGUCAUUCCGUACCUAGUGGAACCCGAGUUGAAGAGAAUGGAGCAUUCUAUUUGGGAAUUGUCACCUCAGGCCUUGAGCUUGAUGAUGGCAUCGACGCCGCCAUCACCCGUGAUUGCCCAUGUAACAGGACUGGAGCUCACUAAGGAAGCAUUUAGGUUGGUGAAACUAUCGAUUCCGGAUGAGAAAAAGGAAACAACAAUGGAGACAUCUGGGAAGAACAAAAGAAAGCUUGGUAAAUCUCAGAGAGGUGAUCAGGCAAAAGAAAGGAGAAGGGCCAAAAAGGGAAAGAUGUACCUGGGUAAUCUACCUAAGUGCGAAGUAUGCCAGCGCCAUCAUAAAGGGAAGUGCAGUAAUAGGAAGUGCGACAACUGUGGAAAAAGGGGACACGACAGGGAAACGUGUUGGCAAGAGACGAAAAGAGGAAAGGAAGGUUGUAACUGCGGUGGUAUGGGGCACCUUGGAAAGGAUUGCCCAAGGGAGACUAACCAAGACCACGAAGAAGCAUCCAACACCGGAGCUAGUAAGGCCUGCCAGGAUCCAGAUAUGGUCACUGGUACGUUCUUUGUCAACCCAAAGUCUUGCAUUCACGUUAUUUGA